CGAACCUCCAAUAAGCACACACGUUCUUCUUAGAAGUCAAAGAAAUUCUUUAAGAGAACUGGUUUAAAGACGAAUUUGUGAAAUGCUGUUCAUAUCGCUGGCUGUAAUCACUUUCGGCCUGGCCCAAACGCUGCCCGUCGUUGAUGAGGCCAUUGAAACGCCAUCGACCAGCGAAGGGCCGGGAGGACCAGAUGGAGGACGAGUGGUCUUCGACCAACGGCAAACUGGCAAAUACAACAUCCAUGUGAGCAUCAAGGAUGUGGCCAUCAUCGAGGUGGGCCAGAACGGGCUGGCCGAAGAGUCGUAUAACGAUGAGGAGGAUUACUACUAUGAUGACAGUGCGUUGACCGUCAAACCGAUCAAGUUAAGCACCGAGGCAAGCACCAGUAGCACCAGCAGCUCCAGCACCACAACAACUUCUAGCACCACAGCGGGAGCACCCCCUGCUGAAAUCACCAGCCCCACCACCAUCUCUUCGAAGCCCAAAUCCAGGUUGAAUAAUCUGAUGAUUGUGGAGACACCGAUUGGUGGUGCCACUGUUAAACCACUGCAUCAUCCCGCCUCACCGCUCCACGCCAGAUCUAAAGAUGUGCCGAUAAUAGCUGCGGCUGCUGCUGCUAAUACACCUCCCUCCCUUCCCGAGAGCAUUGAGUACACCCCGCCCCAAGGCCACAACUCGCCCAUCUUCAAGGUCAAGGUUCAACGAUCCUCGAAUCCGGCCACCAAGAAACCAGCUCGAUGCCGGAACCACCAGGUGCGAGAUGCCCAGGGCAAGUGCACCGACUCCAUCUACAGAAAGCUGUUCGGCAUGCUGAAGGGGCUGAAUUUUCCCUUUUUGGCAGCCAAUGCGGCCGAAAGCGCUUGAUGACUCAACAAUAUAGUUUCGAGAAGCCUUUAAUUGGAUCUUAGCCAUAAGACUGAAAUAAUAAAGUGAACUUUAAUACUUUUGUGAUUAAAUACUUGUGUUUGAAUCAAUAAAUUCAGAUUU